AUGCCUCCGGCCAUCGAACGAAUGGCACGCAGCUUCCUUCGGCCGGGCCAAGAAGGACACCGGGGGCACAGGAAGAUCCAGAUCCAACGAGUGAAGUUCAGCGAAAGCCACUGCAACUCAGAAGACAUUGAGCAGAACUUGGAGUUCAUUGGUGAGGCCAAGAAAAAGAAGCGCUUGGAAGAGAUGUUGGUGGGUGCGGAGCCGCCCAUUAUUGUCUUUGUGAACCAAAAGAAGGCCGUGGAUGUGCUGUCCAAGUCCUUAGACAACAACGGCUAUCGCGUUUGCUCCAUCCACGGUGGAAAGAGCCAGGAGCAGCGCGAAUGGGCAAUGAACUCCUUCAAGGAGGGCAGGUACGACAUUCUGGUGGCGACCGACGUGGCCGGUCGUGGUUUGGAUAUCGAGGGCGUGCAGCGUGUCAUCAACUUCGAUAUGCCAAAGACCAUCGAGGACUACACGCACCGCAUUGGACGAACUGGCCGAGCGGGUCUGAAGGGAUUGGCGAUUUCCUUUGUGACUCCAGAGGACUCUGAGAUCUUCUAUGAUCUGACCAAUUUCCUGAAGAGUUCCAACCAAGUCAUUCCUCCAGAGCUUGCUUCCCACCCGGCAUCCAAGUUCAAGCCGGGCACCGUCAACGAACACGGACAGGUCAUGGGUCGCAAGCUCGUGGACCAAGUGGUCUUCGCCAAGAAAUGA